AAUGGGUGAAUCUUCUAUAUGGGGUGUUGACAAUGCGAGUGGGAUACCUGGAUUGCACUCGUACGACUCUGAUGCAGCACUGGCUGCGGUGGAGUUGUUCGAGGGCUACGACCAGCCUCUGCUGCGCUUCGCCUACAUCAGCUGCAUGCUGUUCAUGCUCAUCGGCAUCCCUGGCAACCUCAUCACUAUCAUUGCACUGGCAAGGUGCAAGAAGGUCCGCAAUGCAACAGCCUUCUUCAUCAUCAACUUGUCCUGCUCUGACCUGCUGUUCUGCUGCUUUAUCCUGCCACUAGCUGCGUCCACAUUCUACAACAGAUCCUGGGCUCAUGGCAAAAUCCUGUGCUACAUGUUCCCGUUCGCCAGAUAUGCAUUGGUAGCCGUCUCACUGUUCACCGUCCUGGCCAUCACGAUCAACAGAUACGUGAUGAUCUCCCAUCCCCGACUCUAUCCCAAAUUGUACACAACCAGAAAUAUCUGCUUCAUAACGGCAGGCAUUUGGAUCUUCUCGUUCAGUGCGUUGUUACCCACAUGCUUCGAGGUUUGGGGCGAGUUCAGUUUGGACCCCAUCACUGGUUCCUGCACCAUCGUCCCUGAUGACAACCAAAAUUCACCAAAGAAAUUCCUUUUCAUCAUCGCUUUCAUCCUCCCGAGUCUAGCAAUUAUUUUAUGUUACGCUAGAAUAUUGUGGAUUGUUAGAAAAACCGCAAAGAAGUCACGAAACCCUCCUACGCAAAUGAAGGCUUUGAGCAUGAGUACCACGACAAUUGCAACCAGAUCUAUAGAUUUGGACAAACGCCCACCCAGGUACACAGUGCCCUCGUUUCCCAUGAACUGCUUCAUACACACAGCGGCUGAAAUAUCAAGUGAUAGUUCCACGCCAUCGGAUACAGAGAGACAGUCUGUGACCCCUCAGGACAAUACGCCUCGAUUUGGACAUGAUAAUAAAAAUUUCCGUCGAAGCUUCAUAGCCACGAUGAGGUGGACCACAAUACCUGCGAAGCCACGUCUUCCUACAAAGAAAGACAAGAAGUUACUUACUAUGAUAGUAGCUAUCAUGGUCUCAUUUUGCGUCUGUCACUUGCCUAUCACCCUUAUGAAGACAAUAUUCUUUGAAACGACGACACACUCAGUAGCACACGUGUUCGGGUAUGUACUCAUUUAUUUCACAACAUGCGCGAACCCCGUCAUUUACGUCGUCUUGUCUAAUGAAUACAGACAAGCAUACAAAAGUGUAUUUAAAUGUAAACGAUGAGAUUGUUUCUUUUUAUUCGUGUAAAUACUCAAUAGUGUUAUAUCUUAGUGCGAUAUUAACGAAAUUGAAUGCUGUUCGGCAGUGAUAAAGUCCUUAAUCGAACGGUUUAGAUCCAGACAUGAUUGUCAUAGCAGAUUACUCGUACGUACUUGUAUCAUGAGUGUGAUAUUUGGGUAUCUCUCUAAUAAAACGUAAUUGAAAAUGUACUAAUAACUAUAACGAUAAUUUAUUACAUUCCGAUUUAAAUCAACGUGUCAUGUAGCUAACGAUGCCAUAUGAAUAACUUUCAGCUGUCUAAGUCAAUACGAGUCGAUUCUAUUUGUCUAAUACGUGUAAAUAUUUAUUAACUAAGCUUUAGCAAUAAUUUGUAGCGAAGAACUUUACCUAAUAUAAUGUUAAAAGCAAUGGUAAUUACUCAGAUUUGUCGUAUACUAUUAGAUCGAAAACAUCAUAAGAAAUUGGAAAUGGGUAAACAAAUAUUUUCACAAUGACCUAAGUACUAUUAAAAAGUAUACUACAUUAUUGUUUUGAUUUCAAAAAGUUAAUCGUUAAUAUUCGAAUUAUAAAUAAAUUAUUCAACAGCAUUUAAUAUUCAUAAAUGAAUCAAUCAAAAUGCUUAUUGAAACGUAUACCAAAUAAAUUUUAAAAUGAACUGAAGCUUGUUACCUCCAUUUACCUUCGAAUAGUUUAUACAAAUCUACGAUAAUAUAACUUAAAUUAUAUUGACAUACGAUUAUACCAUUAAGAAUAAUUUCUAAGGUAUUACCAUAAAUAUAGACAUUGUUAUAUGAAAAAAACAAAAUAAAAGAGUUCUUCGGUGUAAUUAAUAAAAAAUCGGAUACCCCUUAAUUAAAGUUGACGAUUGUUUGCCUCGACCAUAAUGACGUGUUCGUACAGUAAUCGCGGUCAAAAUUCUACGUAAUGAUCAUAGAAAAUAUACCUUUUAUUUUACAACUCUACUCCAAAGGAAUAGAGUUGAAAAUGGGUUAAAUGAAUAAGGGUCUAAUGGUCCACAACUUCCUUAAUCUGCAGUUGACGUAUGAACGCGAACGGUUGUUUGCCGAAGCAAAUAAUAGUCACCUGUAUGUUGAGCGUUGUUUGUUUUAUGAUAUUUGACUUUACGCUUCAAUUACUGAAUUCGAUUGCCUACUUUCUUACUUGAAUGAUAUAAAACUUACAGAAUAAUAAAAUUUAAUGAUAGAUGAGUUUUAAUUACCGUAUCUAGUAGUAGUCUGUUUAUCAUUUGUCAUAAAAUGAACAGUGAAGGUGUUUCGUACUAGUACUAGUACAAUAUCAACGUGUGAUAUUAAUGUAAAUAAGGAGGAUGUCAAAGACAUAGGUAAUUAAAGUUUCGAUAACGAUUAAUAUUGAAUCGAAGACGGUGCUGUUUCAUUCGAUUGAUAUUGAAUAUAACAGAAUUGAAAGCGAGUUUCUCAUGAGAACAUUAUUGUAAUUAAAUCCUAGAUUAAAUACAGAGACGUUAUUUUUCAAUUUUGAGAAUAAAUUCUCUCAAAAAUGGCAGCCUUUUGCUUCGAACUCAUUCUUAGUUAAGUCAUAAAAUUAAUAUAGAUUGUAAACUAUUGUAAAACAUCGCUUUGAUUCAACAAAAAAUGUGAAGACGACCAUUCCAAAUGAUUGUCGGUUUUUGACGAAAUAUUAAAAUGUUACUAGUGUUUAGAAAUAAAUGUUUUGUAUGAUAGACUAUAUGGAAUAAUUAUAACACAUAAGUCUUAACCGAAGAUUACCCAAAGAUGUUAUACCUAAUUGUAUAUAGGAAAGUUUAUUUAGUCAAUAGACGAUUUGUACUGUAUUUAUUUGUAAUAAGAUAGCAUUUAGAAUAAACGAUGUUUCAAAUGUUUUCUUUAACGGAAUCUGGAAAUCGAUUGAGCUGAUUUUCCGUGUAUAAUCUGGACAAUGUGUUUUGUUUAUAUUAUAAUCUUUGGUAGCGAACGAAUGUAGGACAAAUAAGUUGCAAAGUUUGACAUGGGUCUGAUAGGAUAAAUUUUGUUAUAAUUUUGAAUAAGUACCACUGACUAUGUAAUACAUACAGUACAUACAUACAGUACAUACUAUGUUCUAAAGUACUGAAGCGAUAUCAAAUUUUUGACUGAGUUUGUACCAAACCUGUCACAGUAAGGCUUUAUUUAGUGUUUCAGACGACCCUUUAACAAGAACCCUCGUUUUAAGUUACCUUAAUUAAAGCAAUUAUUGGGAUUUUCGAAUUCGAAUUUCUCACGAAGUCUGGAAUGUUUUAGUGAUAGAUUAAAGCGAUGUUUCUAUUGGUUGCAGACGGUAAUAAGAUUACAGUAAAAUAAAUUAUGUGACAAUCAAAUGACAUUUGUCUAGAUUAUAUUUACAGUCAACCAUAGGUCACAGAAUAAUGUUUUAUGCCACAGUCCAAAUUCAAAAUUAUAAAUACAAUUUCUUUUUAUUUAGGCUUUUGUUUUUCGUUAUCCGUUUAAUUAAGCUUAAACUGAAUUGAAUAAGAGUGAAUUCAAAUAGACUUAUUAUGAUUAUUAUUUAUUUUAGUUAUUGUUGGGUUGAGCUGUGACAAAUUUUUUGUGAAUCUCCAUUUAAUUUAUUAAGCAACAUACUAUGUAUAUUGUACAAAAGUUGAAAUACGUAAACAGCAAAUGAAAAUAAUAAUUAUCUCGUCCAUUCUAUUUAUGACACAAAUAAAUAACACAUCGUAUCUCGCUUAGAUUCUACAUGCAAACUGGAAAAUAAAAUAUGAAAGUUGUUUUAUUAUUGUCUAUGGCUAACAGUUUUUUUUAAAUACCAUAAUAUUGUCACAGAUCAAGCAAAUUGUAUAGAAGCGUUAUGUUUAAAUACUCUUUUGUAUAAUGUGUCAAGAUGAGUGGAACACCAAGACGUAGGUACCAAAGAACCAACUCCAGGGGCCACACCCUUAAGCCAUUGUACUUACCAAAGAUCUAAUUAAAAAUAAAUUAUAAAAUAUUAC